AUGCCCGUCGAAUCCUCACCGGCAAACCCCAAGCUGACGAAUCACAUAGAACCAAUACCUACAUACGUGACCAGUCCAGGCCGCACCCUCCAAUACACCUCCACAGCUUCCUAUCGCCAGAGAGACCCCAAAGACAAUAAGAACUCUACCGGUUGCAUCGCCGUGCCUCGACCCCUCCGCGGUCUGCGCUCGUUGGCCGUCGCAAGCUCGUUCGGGGAGCUUUGGCUUCUGACGAUCACCAUGCCUGGAAGCAUGGGCCGUGGGAAUCUUGCAAAGAAUGCUAUAGACCACGGAAUGGAGUUGACACCGACUGCACAACCAAGACAUCCACAUGCACCCCGGGAUUUUCAUCCAGCUAUCCGGGCUGUGACUGGAGAAAAUCAACUGCUCGAUGUUGAUAUCGCGGGGAAAUCAAGACCAUCUUGCCCGCCCGUCCAGGGCCAACCCGGUGCGGCAGACGGCAGUCAUGGUCAUGGCUCGUCUCCCAAAGUUCGCCAUGCCGAGCGUUUCGCCCUUGCGAGGGAUCUUCGCUAUGUCGGCCUACCGUUGACAAGAUCGGUCCAAUCUUUGCGGCUCACACACCACCGUGCUACAUUUCUCGAGCCAUUCUGCCCCUCUUUGCCCGUUGCUCGUCGCUGUCGAGCUCUGACUGGCAACGUUCGUGUGUUCUGGACUUGCGGGGUCUACAGUUCGGAAUGCCUACGGUACUCUCCCCUGCACUUUCCCCAGACCUUCCAUACAACGCUGACCCUGACCCUGGCACGCCUUGAGUAUGGAAAUGCGGAGACGCGGCGAUUGGUUUCGGACAACAAGCGGACUCAUCUCACCGAAACGAACCUCUUAUCUCUUUGCCUACCAACCACAUGUCCGGAACGCACGUUUGCUGUCUUUCGUCACUCUCCCAUGAACACCAGGGCGCAUUACUUGGGCAAUGGCUCGCAGGCAAAGGAUUCCGACCCCCGGAGGCGCAUAAGUCAAGACGCUGAUUCACCCGGCAAACUCUGUUUUCCGCUUCCUCCCCACAGCCGUUUCUGUCAGUCAGAAACACGUCGCUCUUCACAUGGAAAAAAGACACCGUCCAGGAACUGCAAACUCUGUUCCCUCAUCCGUCGUCCCAGCGGGAUUCAAUUUGAACAACAUUCAAUAUUGGAUGGCCUGAAGUACCCAGGCGUGCCAGGCUCGGAAAACGAUGACCCUAAAAACUCUCCUGGCAAACGAAAGCUCGAGCACAUAGUCAAGAUCACCACAAAAUCUACUCGCAUUCCAUCAUCAGCCAAGUCACUGGCAAUAGGUGUAGUCUCCCCUCGAGACCCUGUAGCUUGUGAUAGUGCAGCUUUCGGCUUCUCCAGUUUUUCCUUUCACUCUGAUAAGGUAGCGUUACACUGCAUCGAACGCCCCCUCGGACAAGAAGGGCUAGGAGACCAAGGACAAGGGCAGAAGAAGACAAGGGCGGUGCUACGACUGCACCCCUACUCUGUACGGGGUGCUGCAGAGCCACCAACCUCUAGUUUUGACUUUAGGUGUGCACCAAAUCUUCCUACGCAAUACCUGACAUUCCGUUGCCGCAUCAUACAAAACCGCCAGUGGGCUGGGUAUUACAACGUUAUCGAACGAUCGGACCGCCGACCGAACGACAGUGACCGGAUCGUACGACUCAGUCACCGGGACUUACUGGUCACACCCGGAGCCACCCUCCUGCUUCACCGAGAGAUAAACCGCGCACCGGCCAAGUUUGAGGAAGCUGAGGAGAUGUUGUGA